CUUCCCUCUUGUCUCUCCUCGAACUGCUAGCCGUCGGUGUGUGUGUUGUUGUUGAAGCAAUGAUGGCGGCAGCGGGAUGCGGAUCAGCAACCGCGGCUGCCGUAGGAGGCCAAGGUGGAACCGUUCCGGCCAGAGGUCGUUUCCCCGGUCGGCCUUGGUCGUCACGCAGUCGUUUGCGCUCAGAGAAACGGUGGCAACUCGGACGAUCAGGCUCAGAUGCUGAUGAUGUGACUAACGGAGGGCCAAGGCCCGCAAACCUGGUCCUGUCGUUAAACGAAGACCAGUCUCACUUGCGCUUACUUGGACUAGAGGCGAGCCACCAUACCCUUGGUCAGGCUGGAUACAGCUCUAGUGGGAGUGAAGAGGUGAGGUCCCAAACCGACCCAGGAGGAGAUGACUUCAGAGGGUUUGAAGCUGAGAGAAAAGGCUCCAAAGGACCUCUGUGGUCGCGACAAAACCCUUACAAAGGUGAUGCUGUCAACACAAAGUCUAAACGACGAAGUGAGAAGCUCCCGCUUAAAACACCAGCAGUGGACGCAGAUAUCACCCCACCUGAUCCUGUGAAGGAUGUAAAUUCUUUGGAGAAAACACACGGCUUAUCUCCAGAAGCAGAGCCCGCAAAGGACGGCAGGAAAGGUUCGAAAGGAAAAAACACUAUGGAUCGACAGUCCACUAAAAGCGGAGCCGCAUCAGCAGCACCAAGGAUUACUAUAAAGUUGGUGGCCAAAAAGAAAAUGAAAACCGUAAAGGAGCCUCAUAAAAAAUCUGCGAAGAAGUUGAAGAUAAAGGGGAUCCAGGAUCAGCCUAAAGCCAAGGACAUUCAGGGCGACCAGAUUUCAAGUGCUCACGUCAAAUUAAAAACUGAACCGCAAGAGGAUGAACACGGCACUGAAGAUAAGGGAGGGGGGACUGUGCCCGCAAGAAGGCGUGGGAGAUCAGCUUCAAAGAAAACAGAGCCUGACUGCCAGACGAGCGCCAAAGUUGUGGUUGAUGACCAAAAAUCAAAAGAGAGAAAAUCACCUGAUCAGUUUGACACUGUGAAGGAGAGCGGCACGGUGCAGCCGAAAACAAAUGCAAAGAAAUUAAAGCAUAAGGAUAUUGUGACUGAGCAAAGUUCUGAGGUUAAUCAACAAGUCAUUCGUAGGAGCAAUAGAGUCACUAACCCACUCACUAAAAAAGUCUCGGACAGUGUCGCUGAACCAGAAAGUCUGAGUAACAGUGAUGCCGUUCUGGUGGAGUCUAAGCCAGACGUUUCUCAAACAACGGAGACCAAACCAUCAGUGAGAAGUGACAGGCGAAGGCAAAGCAAGAGGCUGAAUAAGGAUGCUGCAGGGCCAGAAAACCACGGUACAUCAUCCACAGAGGCUGAUCCCUUUUCGGAAAAGUCCAGCGACAGUUUGCUUUUGAAAAACGAGGAAAUGCGGGUCCCAAGCUUUAAGUUGAUGAAGAUCAGAAACCCCAAAUUUGAUGCACAGGCCAGUGGGAAGAACUCAACUCGAAAGAAAAGGCCGAGAAAAAAAUUUGUCUGGUCUUUUACAUUAGUGAAAAAAGAAAGUCAGACGCAGGGUGCUGAAAACACUGUCAAAGUAACAGAGAAGACUGUGAGUGAAGUGGAUCAGUCCACGUGUUGUGACACCGGUGUCAACAAGAGUUUGAAGGCGGUGGAUAAAAAGUCUAAACUGGAUACCUCAGCCCCACAAGAGUGUAAAAGCUUGGACAGUGACGAGAAGGGUUCCCAAAACAAGGCCAACGUGUCGUUAGAGGAAAAGUCCAAUUUACAGGUGGAAGUUAACGCGGAACACGUCAAUGAAACGCUUCCACAAGAAAUUACUAAAACGGAUUGCGGGAAAGUUCCACCUCUUCAGAUCAAAAAGGUCUCCUCACCUGGGAAAUGUAAAAGCUCAAAGCCAUCCUUUUUGAUUCAGCAAGUUAGCCCUGUGUCUGAAAAUACGGAGGAGGUUGUGAAAGAUCUGAGUGAAGUGAAUGAGGACAAAUCCUCGUGUCUGGAUGCUCUAGUCCCACCAACUAGGAGACUAAGGCGGAGGACACCGAGCGUUGAUUCACCUCAAACGAAGUCUAUCGAUCAUAAGCCAGUGACCACACAGAAACGGAGACUCCGAAUGAGUUCACCGGAUAAAGAUACGCCGCAGGAGCCCGUCGAAGACGCUUCUCAGGCUUCAACUGAAGAUUCCAGCUCACACGGUCUUCCUAAAAAUGCCCUUCAGGAUUUGGCUGUGGACCUCUCACAGGCGACCAAUGCAAACUCCACUGAAGUUCCUGAUGAGGAUUCCUCAAAAAUGGCCGACGAUCCCUCACACGUGCCAAUUGAAGUUUCUCCGCAGAAGGUGGAGAAUGAAGUAGAACCACAGAUCGAAGAGGCCAGACCAUUGCCUGUGCCUUCCAAACCUAGAAGAUGUAGAAAUAAUAAAGUAAGGAAAAAGAGAUCUGUUCAAAGCAAGAAGGCUGUUGUCUCACCUGAACCAGCUGUCAGCCCCCCAGAGGUGGCUACUGUUGAAGCUACUAUCACAGAGUCUGUUGUCGUAACGGAAGUAAGUCCGCCAGAAACAAAAGAUUGUACCCAGCUUGAGGCGAAACAGGACACCGUGUCAGUGGAAGAAAAUCCGAUAUUGAUAUCGGUAAAAGAGGAAACCGACAUUCAGUUAAUAGAUAGUCAACAUUCUUUGGUGGCAGAAAGUCCAGCAAGUAAUCGAAAACCGCGGUGCCUGAAAACGAGAUAUCUCAAAAAAGGCAAAAAGAAGCGUAAAAUUUUGAUUGGGCAGCGUCAGAAACACAGGCACAGGAGCAGAGACGGGAAGUUCGCUCCACUUAAAUUUUCUGAAAGUCAGAAAAUGGUUGAGGGGGAUAGUGACAUUUCCAGCCCCGUGGAAGAUACACCACCAGCCCCACACGCUAUGCUGGUUGGAGUUCACAAAAAACACAAAAAAAGACCGUCAGGCCUUCAUUUUAUGGGGUCCAAAAGGCCAAAACCACCAUCCAGAAUAAUUUCUCAGCUGAUGGAAAUGGGGCUUAAUGACAGCUUGAAGCAGGAAGAAACGGACACGUUAGUCGAUGAGAGACGAGCAGAUGUUGUUGAUGCCCAACCGGGUAAAUCAAAGUUUGUGAAAAACAUCAAGCACUUCAUUAUGCCCGUUGUGAGUGCCAGAUCCUCACGAGUGAUAAAGACGCCGCAAAGGUUCAUGGAUGAUGCUGGAAUGUCGGUGUUGCCUCGAAGAAACUCCCCAAAGAAGGGUUUACAGCUGGGCCUGCCAAUGCGCCCAGGAAAGAGGCGAGAGGAUGAAAUGGGCAGAGCUUUAUCCCCCAUCCUGCCGAUCGACGACGAGGAUAUACUGAGUGAAGCUCAGCUGGACGUUGAUCUGUUUUCAUCUCAGGACCUAGAUGACGACAUCGAUAUAGCUGACGGCCUAUUUUCUGACAGAAUAAGUGGCAAAAUUGAGAAGAAGAAGUCUCUUCUAAAGAACUCUUCUUUCAAGUGGCAUGUGCCAGAAGAGCCGAGCGAGGAAGUAUACAAACUGGACAAAACUUCAGAGGACAAAUGUGAGGAUCUGUACUUAUCUGCACCACUUGAAAAGCCCGCAGAAGUAUCUACUGAAGUGCUGGACGCCCCGAGAAAGAAAAGUUUCCAGAAGUUUAAUAAACAAGCGGCUCAGCUCAAGAUUUAUCAAAGGCUCAAGAAGGCACACACGGGACUUCCCAAAAGCAGAAACACAACCGAGACGGACAGUGCGAGUAAAGUUCUUCAGCCUCCUGUUGAUUUAGCCGAGGGACUCGACGAUGAGGCCAUGAGCAUCAGCCUCAGGCAGCGCAGCACGAACGCAGGGAAGGACAAAUCCAAGCUCAAGAUAGAAGACAUGGAUUCUCCUGGAGUGGUGCGAAAACUCUCUGUGUGUGUUCGGACUAUGAACUCCAAGUCCCUCUUACUUCAGCUUGGUGACAAAGAGGAUUUAGCGGGGGGAGACAGCGCCCAGCUUCACUCGGGAGAGCUGCAAUCAGAACAGCACUCGGGCGAUUAUCUCGGAUCCGUGGAGAAGGGAGCUUCACAAAGAGCACGCCUCACUGGUGCAAAUAAGAGAAUGUUCAAUCUCCUCAGGAAAGCCAAGGUCCAGCUCAUGAAGAUUGACCAGCAGAAACAGCUGAAGUCCUCUGGGCUGUUAUCCGGCCCGACUGGUGCCAGAUCUCGAGAUGUGAACUCAAAGAGACAAAGGAGGAAGCAGAGUGUUCAGCUUGGUGCUGAUGUUCCAGUCAAGACAGAGCCCGCUCAAGGACAGCCGCAGCUCGUCUCCCCGCUGUGCCAGGAGUUCCGUAGAGCUGGAGGUCCACGUAUCAAGCACGUGUGUCGAGCUGCAUCCGUGGUGUUGGGGCAGCCUCGAGCCUUGGUACCAGAUGACAUUCCCAGACUCAGUGCCUUGCCUCUGCAUGAAAGAUCUGGCAUUUCCCCUUCAGCCAUCCCUAAAGAUAUUGGUUCUCCCUCUGAAUCAGACAGUCCCGAGCUGUCCGAUCCGAAGUUCAUCAAGGCCAAGAAGCCGUCGAAUUUUGCGAAACGGAAAGGCCUCGGGCCGUUUGGGUAUCGCUCUCGGAGGUGUGGCGUGUGCAAAGGCUGCAACCACGAGGACGACUGUGGCGAGUGCAUGAACUGCCUCGACAAACCCAAGUUUGGUGGUCCCAAUACCAAACGGCAGUGUUGUGUGUAUAAGAGAUGUGAUCAGAUUGAAGAGAGAAAAGCACGCCGACUAAGUGGAAGAACCGCACCGAAAGGUGCCUCUAAGCGACGGCGGUCCUCUCUCAGCGGGGGCCAUUCGAGCAAUGAUGAGGGGAACGAGGGCGGUGCGGAUUCACCGUCUGGUCUCCAGGCUGACGGCCACAGUCCGUCAGUGAGGAAGCAGCCGAAGCGUGUCGUGAAACCCCGCGUCUACUUUGACCUGGUGGACUACGACUCUGACCUCGACGACAAAGCGGUCUCAAGCUCUGCCUCACCAGCCAGGAGAAGGGGUGCAGGAUCCCGUUUCAGUCAAGACUUUGUGUCACUGGAUGGAUUCCUUGGAGACAUUUCAGAUGAAGAAGUCCGGCAUCGAAAGUCCAGCUCGCACCGUGUACCACCGGCUCGACGUAAACCUGAGAAGGGUUCUUUGGAGCAGACUCCCCCCAGUGUCCUGGCUGCACUUGCCCAUGGUUUUGAGCAGAGAGACACCGAGUCUUCUAAACCUACUCAUAAAAUCAGGGUUGACUUCAAGGAGGACUGUACUUUGGACAACGUCUGGAAUAUGGGUGGUUUAAGUAUAUUGACCUCUGCACCGCCCAUGCCACCAUGUGUGUGCUUCCUUUGUGCCAGUAAAGGGCAACAUGAGAUGCUCUAUUGCCAAGUAUGCUGUGAGCCCUUCCACCAGUUUUGCCUUGAUCCAGCGGACCGCCCCUCUGAAGAGAACAAGGAGAACUGGUGCUGUCGUCGCUGCAAGUUCUGCCACGUGUGCGGCAGGAAAAACAAGCCCUCAAAGCCGUUGUUGGAGUGUGAACGAUGCCAGAACUGCUAUCAUACUUCCUGUCUGGGACCCAACUACCCAAAACAAAACAAGAAGAGGAAAGCUUGGGUUUGUAUGACAUGCAUCAGGUGUAAGAGCUGUGGCGUCACACCGGGGAAGAGUUGGGACACCGACUGGAACCACGACAAAGGACUCUGUCCAGACUGUUCAAAACUCAAUGAACUGGGUAACUACUGUCCAAUCUGCUUCAAGUGCUAUGAGGACAAUGACUACGACAGUCAGAUGAUGCAGUGUGGCACCUGUAACCACUGGGUACACGCCAAGUGUGAGGAUCUAACAGAUGAGCUGUACGAGAUCCUGUCCAGCUUGCCAGAGAGUGUCGUGUAUUCAUGUCGGCCAUGCAGUGUGACCCAGCCCAGUGCUUGGAGAGAGCUGCUCUACAUUGAGCUCAGGUCCGGGGUGGAAAAGGUGCUAGCCUGCUUGCUCUCCUCCACCCUUACCCAGCACCUUGUUGCCUGCUCACAGUGUGAGAAGUUGGUUGAUCCUGACAGCGGAAUAGAAGGACAGCCGGCGUGUGAUCUCCGAGCUGUUGGCAAGAAGUUUGACAAAGGCCUUUAUACUACUUUGAAAAUGUUCCAUGAAGAUGUGGUUCAGGUUGUGAGAAAGAGGCUUGAGCAAGAGGAGAAUCUUCCAGAAGAGCAGAGACCUACCGCCCUGGCACGCUCUUACUACUUAAAGCUCCUCGAGGAAGUGUUUAAUUGGUUCAACAGCCAAGACCCAAAGGUGUGGAACUCUUGUACCAAAGACUUACCCAUGGGGAUGCUGUCCCAAGCUGUUCAUCCUCCCACAACGGAGCAUGUUUACGCCCAGUGGCAGGAGAGGGAGGAGCUCUCAUCUCGUGCUCCGCUGGGGCUCCUGCAGGACGACAAUGGACAAAGCUUAAUUGUAAAGGAGGAAGAAGCAGUUUCUCCGUUGUCUGGGGAGCCAAUAAGCCAGAACUACUUCAAAACCAGCAGGGCUGUCAGGCUCAAAUUCAAAGGGAAAAGGGGCCGACUUUCAAAAACUGAUUUAGACACGGGCUGGUCUAAGGAUGACGAGAGACAGUGCUCUUUGUGCCAAAAAUAUGGAGACCUCAAACCGAAUGACGCAGGCCGGUUGCUGUACUUGGGCCAGAAUGAGUGGGCACAUGUCAACUGCUGUCUGUGGUCAGCUGAGGUGUUUGAAGAGGACAAUGGCUCUCUGCUGCAUGUACACAGUGCUGCCACAAGGGGCCGCUUGAUGCGAUGUGAACGCUGCAACCAGACGGGUGCCACAGUGGGCUGUUGUCUGACAUCUUGUCAAAGCAACUAUCACUUCAUGUGCGCCCGCUCCCGACACUGUGUGUUCCAGGAGGAUAAAAAGGUCUAUUGCUACAAACACCGACAUCUCAUCAUUGACAAGAUGAUAACUGGUCAGGAAUUUGAAGUUAACCGCAGGGUAUAUGUGGAUUUUGAGGGGAUCAGCCCCCGCAGAAAAUUCUUGACUGGACUGGAACCAGAAUUAAUCAACGUGAUUAUUGGUUCAUUACAGAUAGACCAACUCGGUGUGCUGACAGAACUUUCGGCUAGCAAAGGAAAACUGUUUCCUGUGGGUUUUCAGUGUUCUCGUUGGUACUGGAGUACAGUUAAUCCAUUGCGGCAGUGCAAAUAUACAUGUAAAGUGCGGGAGGUUCGGCCGGUUGUCCUUGAGAAGCCUGUUGAGGAGAUGCCCGACCGAGGAGACAAUAACACAAUUGCUCACAGUCCCUGUCCACUAUCUGAAUCUGAAGCUCAGGAGAAUGAUAUAACAGAAUCUCAACCCCCAACGGAGGAAACCUUUAUCCCAGGACCUACCCCCAAGUCAGAUCACGGUGCAAGGCCAAAGAUUCCCAGGAGGCCAGCUGGAGGAAUGUCCCGACCCCUGCCAUCCCCAGGAGUAAAGCAGUUGAAACCCCACCACAUAUUAACCAUAAGUGAUCUGGAGGAUACGCAAAGGGUUCUUCGCCACAGCCCACACUUCCAGACAACAGGCCUCCACGGUCACAUGCCCCCCCCUCCUCUGGGUCCUCUGACUGGACCAAUUACUCUCCGUGCUGGAAAGUCUUCCCUUCCCACUUCCCCGCUGCUCCCACUUGGCGCUCCAGACAACCUGAUCAAUUCUCCAUCAUCCCGCUCAGUCGGAGGUAGAAGUGCCUCCUCAGUCCGAUGCCCUGGGAAUACGAUGACCCAUUGUACCUCAUCGUUCUUUCCUCAGCCACCCUGGCAGGACAGUGCAGCAGGCUUUCCCUCACCAAGUCUGUCCUUCUCUCCAACCAUACCACACCUUCCCAGGAAUCGCUUGUCAUUUGAUCUAAACCAGUCGGACUCAGUCGAGGUGCCACACAACUUCUUAGCUUCACCGGAACCUGAAGAUGUCUCUCCAGCAAACGGUACAUCACCACAGGGAGAUUUAGACCAACAGAAGGAUGAAGGAGAAUUUCCCUACAGUUCAUUCCACAAGGAUUCCAACGCGAGUCUGGCCCAAGAGAUGAGGACAGAACUGGAGAUUGAGGAGACACUCCUGAAUGAAGGCGUGGCAAUGAACUGUGGGGGACAAAUCGUGGUGGACGGUGAUGAUCGGGAGGAAUUUUGGGAAAGAACCCAAGAGGUUCACAAGAGGAAGACUCUAGUUGCCAACCUGCCGCGGUCAGCAGCUUCAGCCAGGGAUGACUUAAGCAACACCUCUUCUGAUGAUGAUAUGGAGCACUAUUUUGACUUCUCGCGGACAAUAGUCAGCUGUCCCGGAUCAAAAGAUCAUUCCAAAUCUCCCUCCUCCCCUUCCUCCCGUCCUAUGGCUCAGCUCGAUGGUGUAGACGACGGUACAGAGAGUGAUGCAAGCAUAGCGACCAACGACGAUGCUCAGAAAGUUGAGGGUUGUAGUCAAGCUCAGAUACAAGCCAAAACCCUCAAAAAUAAAAAUGCCGCUGAAUCGAACAGCACACAGGGUGUUCAGAGUCUCUUCCCCAAAGCAUCGUCCAAUGAUAAGCACACGGAUUCUUCAUCAGUCACCAUCGCAGUUGCCAGCAAAAGUCCUACAGGCGGUUCACGUCAAGAUCCACCUAAAUCCCACGAUGCCAGCCAUUCAAACGAGGACAACAUGGGAUUUGUUUCUCCACAAAUUUCCAAAAACUCAGAGGUUUUAUUCCAGAGUCCAAAUCUGGUUCCUUUGCUGGAAGGCUCACCGCUUGAGAUCCAACAAUCUGAAGCUCGUAAACCCCUGAGCUCAGAGUAUGACAGCAGCCACUCUACUGUGUUGAUGAACCACUCAACAGCUAAUACUGUGGAACCAUCAUUAGCAGAUUCUGCUGAUAACAGUCAUGGCACCCUGCUGGGCCUUCUUCAGCCCUCCCCUGUCAUUUCUACAGACGUACAGAACCCCUCUCAAGGCCUCGUAGACUCUCUGCAGAUGUAUUCCUGUUUACCAGGUUUCAGUAAACCUCCUCUAACAAGUAUUACACUUCAGCCAGUAACAUCCUCACAAGAGUUAACCUUCCCAUCCAUGGGCCCCUUGUCUGCUAAACGAACCACCGUCAGUCCUGUUGUAGACGUGACACAAACGAUGGCGAACCUUACCCCUCAAAACGAUCCAGUGCUAUCAGCUUUGUCAGGCACAGGAACAUGUGGGACCGUCUCUUUGCCCAUCUACUCCACACAGCCAUUAUGCUCCGCAGCUGUCACCAUUGUUUCUUCUUCUGCGGCAAUAUCGUCUCUUUCUGUGCUUUCAACACAAUGUUCAACAGCUCCAACGUCGGUCCAAACCACCUCGGCCCCUGUCAUCCUAAAUGGUUACAGCUCUUCAUCUGUUCAGAAGGAAGCUCCAUCGGGCCACACGAUCUCCAUCAACUUCUCCACAACCAGGCCGGCUUUAGAACCUCAGCAGCCAGUGGUUCCCCAGGCUUUACCUGGACACGCUAUUCUUACUGUGAAGGAGGUGGGAGGUCCCAAUGUAGAUCCUACACCACACGUCCUGCUGGUGAACCGCCUCGGGCAGAUCUUCGUGAAGAACCCCGAAAGCAACACUUUUCAGCUUCCCACUCCCAGCUCCUCCUCCUACAACUGUGUCACUCAGAUCGCCAGCCUUUUGCAAAGCAACGCUCUGUCGGCCACGCUAGCAGCAGCUGGUAAUAUGACAGCUCCACCCCCUGGGGCCAGUGUUGCAACAGCAGUUCCUCCGCCCCUGGUUCAGAAUCCAACCACAAUCACACAGCUGCUUACUCACAAUAGCAACGGUACAGUGGCGUCGGUUGAUGUUAAGAAGCCAAGGAAGAGUGCCAAAACACCAAAACAUGAAACCGCUCCAGAGUUGAAAAAAACAAAGAAGAAGAAGGAUUCUAGUGCGUCCAGGAAAUCCAAGUCAUCCAAGGUGUCGGAGCCUCAGCCUGCACCGCCAUCUGAGAAUCCUCCCAUGACUCCUGCUGAAAGCGCCCAAGCCAUUAUCAAUCAAGCAAUGGCGAGUAACUACACCCCCAAGUGGAGUGGGCUUCGAACACUGAGCCCUUCCUCUCUGGUUUUACCACCGGGCCUACUCAUUGAACCGGAGCCUCCAUUGUGUCCUCGCUCUCCCUCAGUAACGCCAACACCAGCUCCAGCACCCCGACCUCGCACCCAUGUCCGCAUGAAGAGAGUGUCUUCGCUUUCAGACCGUAUCGUCACAAAGAAGUCUAAAGUGGACUUCUUAAAACCAGAACCCCCCAGUGAGGACGAGGAGCAGCGCAGACCAACCUUUCCGAGCAUCUCCAGCAGAGCUUCUGGAGUCCGCAUCAAAACCCCGACAGUGAAGGGAGUACUGAACCUGGACCAGUUGAAGGAGGAGCAUAUAAGUGAUAUUGAAAGCUCAGGAUCAGAGCCGUGGGAUUAUGCGUCUCAGGGCGAACAAGGCAAACAGCAUGCGUGGGAACCAGUGGGACACAGCACCCUGACUGACUGGAAGAAAUACUCUGGCGCUGCUUCUACCUCAGAUGAUGAACCACCGCUGUCUGGCGAGGAUGAGGAGUUUCCAACUAACAGAGACCAGCCGCACUUAACAUUUGAGAUAACCAGCGACGACGGUUUCAGGGCAGAGGCAGACAGUAUCGAGGUGGCGUGGAAAGCAGUGAUCGAUGGGGUGCAGGAGGCACGAGCUAUUGCAAGGUUGAGACCUCUGACCUUUCAGAGGAUCACUGGCGCCCACAUGCUGGGUCUGGUCCAUGAUGCAGUGGUGUUCUUGCUGGAGCAACUGCAAGGAGCCCACCGCUGUCAACGCCACGCCUUCCGCUUCUUCAAACAGUUCACGCAGGAGGACGACCUCCCCGUCAACCCCACCGGUUGUGCUCGCUCCGAGCUGUAUCUGAGGAAGUCCACAUUUGACAUGUUUAACUUCCUGGCUUCUCAGCAUAGACAGCUUCCUGACAUUGGGCCUUAUGACGAUGAGGAAGAUGAGGUUCUUUUGAAGUCCACGAGACGGGCUACUAGUUUGGAGUUGCCCAUGGCCAUGCGCUUCAGACAUCUGGAAAGGACAUCCAAGGAGGCCGUAGGCGUGUACAGGUCUGCUAUCCACGGCCGUGGUCUUUUCUGCAAGAGGAACAUUGAAGCAGGGGAGAUGGUGAUUGAAUAUGCCGGCAUCGUCAUUCGCUCGGUGCUCACUGACAAAAGGGAGAAGUACUACGACGGCAAGGGUAUUGGCUGUUACAUGUUCCGCAUUGACGACUUCGAUGUGGUGGAUGCGACCAUGCACGGCAACGCGGCGAGGUUCAUCAACCACUCCUGUGAACCUAACUGCUACUCUCGGGUGAUCAACGUGGAAGGCCGGAAGCACAUCGUCAUCUUUGCUCUCCGGAAGAUCUACAGAGGGGAGGAGCUCACCUACGACUACAAGUUCCCCAUCGAAGACGCCAGCAGCAAACUCAACUGCAACUGUGGGGCCCGGCGAUGUCGGCGGUUCCUCAACUGAGACGUCCCUCGUAUGAAAACGGGAGGAUCCUGUUUUACUAGUAAGCCUUAAAUUAAGGUGGAUUGGGGAGGCGGCACAGAAGGGGAAUUAGCCACUAAGAGACCAGUCUGAAAUAUUUUUGCUGGUCAGAAGUGAUAUUUGGAUGUUUUUUUAUGGAUAUUGGAAGAAGAAAAAGUGGAGAACCUGCAGAGAAAGUUUGUCCUUCGUCUGUGAAAGAGUUCCGAUGUACAGCUGACACGGCAGCAUCACAACAGCAGUAAACAUGGUUUUAGUGUUCAGGACAACAGAACAUUUAAACAGGAUGUUAAAGAUGUAUGGGGUUCCUGGGUCGGUAUGGAUGACACCAAUAGAGUUUCUUUAAUACACACGUCAAGCCUUAUCUGUUUGAGUCAUUGCUGAAAACCUAUUGCUAGGUUUUGAGAGAUUCCCUAUAUGCUUUAUUCAUUUCUGGGGGGGGGGGGGGGGGGUUUAUGUCUGUCUCUAUUACACUUGUAAUCAUGUUUGCUCCAUCCUCCAGUGGUGAAGUCCGUUCUUGAGCCAUACAUUUACUCAAACCUUUUAUUUGUGUUUUAUCUCACAUUUAACACUUUUCACGUUGUUAAUAUUUUUUUGUUUUAGACUUCUUUUUUUUCUUUUUUUUUUUCCGGGAAUAACAAAACAACCAUGGUGCUAAGCUUUGAAAGGUCUUUAACUUCUUCAGUUGGACAAAAAUGUCCCUCAAAUCAGGAAUUGUUUAGCUGUGUAUUCACCCUGCUGAGACCAUUACUCUUACAUGUAUGCACUUAAGCAGCACUCUUAUCGGAACGUAAAGUGUCUGCUGAGUUUCACACUUUAAAUCAUCGGUGUGAUAUCCGUCACCUGCUCGUAUCCUGUCGAUUUCAAAAUAGACAGCAGUUGGUAACAUAGUGUCAUAUUUAUAAAGACAGGAACGUGUCUUUAAGGCGUGUUUUUCUCUCAAUGUACAGUGUAUGUAGCAAACACUACCCAAGCCAAAAGUGAAGAGUUGUGGUGAAUAUCACAUUUUUUUAAAUAUAUAUUUUACUACUGUCAUGCCAGAUGCUCAUUACCUAUUGCAAUAAGACGUUGCUGCCCUACAGUUGCACAUAGAACAACCAUCAAAGCGUACAAAUAAUUUUCAUCCUUGUGGAACCUGCUACAGUUUAUCUGUUAAUCAGGGAGAGCACUGGUAUAAAGCAUCGACACUGAGUGGAUGUUCAGCUCUGGCACCAAGCUUGUUGAGAACAUGGCGCACAGACUCUCUAGUCUGAGACGGAGCUGAGAAAACUCUCGGUACCUUUUUGAAAUAAUGUUCAAUUGUUCUUAGUCGAUGUUCAGUGCCGUCAUUGAUGAGACUAAUCUAAUUCACACACUGUUCAAAUUGGUAGUUCUAUUUAUUCGUGUUUUGAUUUAUAUUUUUAAUGGUGAAAGGUUGUGCUUUGUAAAAAAACAAACAAACAAAAAAAAAACGGUGACGGUCCAGUUUAUAAGGAGAUCUCCCCCAUUUGUAUCUUUUUGUUCCGUUUACAGCUGAUGUCCUUUGUUUCACUAAGUUACUUGAAUUUUCUUUCGGGGCGGUCGUGUCGUGCAUUUCAGCCUUUGUGACAGAAGUUGAUCUAAAGCAGGUAUUUUUAAAGAAUCCUUUUAAUUUGUUUUUGUUUUGUAACGAUAGAUUACCGACGGUCUUAGAAUCAGCCACAGGAGUAAAGUGAGCACUGUUUGCCUCCCCAAGGCCAUGAUCAUCCCCCCCCCCCACCCACCCUCUUCUCUUCUUCCUCCUCACCCUUCUUGGAGCAAAUUUCCACCAUGUUUUUGUGUUGAUCUUAACCACCUUUCUUUCUUGCAUGUCCAAUCACUGGGAUGGAGCCCAGAUUUACUUGUGUCAAUCACCUAGCUGACAACAAGAGCAGAGUCACUCCCAACUCCUUGCAAGGAUUCUACCUCAGCUGUUUACGCAGAUGUUUGGGAAUACUGAUGCAAAAAGAGAGGAUGAUAAUUUUAGAGUAGCUUGGUUUUAAUGUCCUGCAGAGCUGGUGAGUGAGUGAGUGCAAAUGCGUCUGUUUGUGUCGUGUGUGUGUGUGUGUGUGUGUGUGUGUGUGUGUUUGCAAUGAAGGAUGAAAGCACUAGUCAAAACCUGAAGUUAUCAUGACCAUCUCUCCCAGAAUCUGUUAAGAAAGCUGUAUGUUAUAUAUACACACAUAUAUAUAUAAAAAUAUAUAUAUAUAGAUAUAUAGUAGGGUUAUUUUAAAGUAAGUGUAAAAGACAUACAAAUGACAAAAUAUGUGAUCUUUAAAUUUACGUCUUUGUUACCAUGUACAAAUAAACCCUGGGUUUGUAAAUAUUUGUAUACAUAUUUCUAAUCCUGUUUAAUUUUUCUAUGCACUUUUUUUAUUUAUAAUGUUAUUUGCUUAAUAAAGAUGUUAAGAUGUUUGA